AUGGCUACUCUUCGAACCCGAAACAAAAGGGACACCCAUGACGACAAUGCGUCUCCAUUGAGUCUUUCCAACAAGUCCAGCCGCGACACCGGUGCUCGUCAAGGAGCUGCAACCUCUUGGGCACGGCUAAUCUUUUAUUGGAUUGCAGCCAUAGCGAUCGCCACCCAUCUUCAUUACAAGCUACCUUCCCCCAAACAGCAUCGCGGUGUGGAUCCUGAUACUGGAGUGACCGAGUUUUCAGAACACAAUGCGAUGAAGACGAUAUCCUAUCUUAGUGACACGCUUGGCUAUCGCAUUGUGGGUACUGUGGAAGAAGCACAAACAUUCGAAUACUUGGAGAAUCUUGUACGCGAGUACAAACAAGAAGCACAAGGUAUCCCUGGUGCCCCCAAGUUUGACAUUUGGGUCCAACAAGCAACCGGUACACACCGCUUUGAUAUCAUGGACAACAUGGUAUUCAAGGCAUACACCAAUGUGACCAAUAUCAUUGUCCGUUUAUCAUGCCCGGAGGACUCAUCAGCCGACCGCUCCUGUGAAAAGAACGCCAUCCUCCUCAAUUCACAUUUCGAUACAACACUCGGCUCUCCCGGUGCCACCGAUGAUGGAUCAGGAACAGCUGUCAUGCUUGAGAUUAUUCGUGUAUUAAGCAGACGUGAUUGGAGCGAGUACAAGAAUGCUAUUGUCUUUUUAUUCAAUGGUGCAGAAGAAAGUUUGCAAGAUGCAUCCCACGCAUUUAUUACUAUGCACGAUAUCAAAGACACCAUUCGCUCUGUUGUCAAUAUCGAUGCAUGUGGUACAACCGGCCGCGAGAUUCUUUUCCAAGCCAAUUCUAGAGAAAUGAUCGACGCUUACAAAAACGCGCCUUAUCCACAUGGCACGGUGGUGGCCAACGACGUCUUUCGCACUGGCUUGAUCCUCUCGGAUACCGAUUUUAGACAAUUUGUGCAGUACGGCAAUUUGACUGGUAUCGACAUGGCCAUCUACAAGAAUUCAUAUUUGUACCACACUCAUCUGGAUAUCACCGAGAACUUGGAGCCUGGAGCCAUUCAACAUCUUGGUGAAAACACUUUAUCUAUCGUCGACUACCUUGCAAGAAACUCAACAUUGUCCAACAUUGAACGCACAAGCGAGGUCGUGUUCUUUGACACCUUGGGUCUCUUUUUUACGGUGUACUCGUGGUCGACAGCUUUCGUGUUGCAAAUGGGAACAGCCUUAUUGACCUUUGCAUUCUUUGGCUACAUUGUGUACAAGACACAUCAUUCAUCUCCUUAUCGCUCGGUCCCCCAUAUCCUUACUGCCUAUGCUCAAUCUACCGGCGCCGUAUUCUUGAGUGCGAUCUUUGCUCUUGUUGCACCUGUUCUUAUUGCUUUAUUCUUGAUGUCAAAUCCUGUGUGUCGUCACAUGGCUUGGUUUGCUCGUGAAUGGUAUGGUGCAAUCAUCUUUUGCCCCAUGUCGUUGCUUGGCAUGUAUGGUGCUCAGUAUCUCCUCACGUACAUUUUCCCUUCGGGUCAUGUGGAUCGAGAAUACGGUGCAUUUGUUUCCGUGGUGCUUGGAUUUGGUAUCUCGACUCUUUUGACAACACUCACCAGCGUGGCCAGCUCAUACAUUUUCUGGAUCUAUUCCUCGAUUCUUGUAUUCGCUCUCGCCGUGAACGAAUUUGUGCUAUCACCAUCCUCCAUUGACAAAAGCAACGCUCACAAGCCAAAGAUCCAUUCUAUCACCUAUGCCAUCUCGUCAUUCCCCCUUGCGUUGCUGUACACGGAUUACACUUACGCCAUGAUUGAUAUUUUUGUCCCACUCACUGGUCGAAUGGGCGUUGAUACACCUGUUGAUAUCAUUAUUGGCGUCGUGUUUGGAAUGGUUAUUUUCAUGACCGUCUUGCCAUCCUUGGCUCAUAUCCAUCGCUUCGGCAAGCAAUGCUUACGUAAAAUCUUGAUCGCUCUUGCUCUCUUCCAAGUCGCUGUCCUUGCUAUUAUCAUGGUUCAAGGUGGUUCUUAUGGUGGAUGGGCAUUCCCUUAUGACGAGUAUCAUCCCAAGCGUCUCUUCAUCCAGCAUCUUAAGAACCUGACAUCAGGCGAAUCACACAUUGGUGUUGCACAAGCUGAUCAUGGCCCAUACAUUGAAACGGUGGUAUCAUCGAUUGAAGAGGCUCUUGGUGUCAAGGCUGAAGAACGAGCUGGUCCCGAACAUGCAGAUGAAUGGGCUUCCAUUUAUCCAUUCAGCGCCUUCUUGGGUGGUUAUCGUUUCAACACUGAACCUUAUAUUCGUGCAAAGGACAACAGCCAAAGCACAUCCUUGAUGGAUCAACUCACUGGUCCUUUCCCUCAACUCAGCAUCCAAAAUGAUGUCUAUGAUCCUGCUACUGGUAUCCGCUCCUUCUCUAUUGCAUCCGUUUCACCUUCCUAUACAUGGACUGUUAUUGCUUUUGAUGCUCAAGUGGUUGAUUGGAGCAUUGCCGAUGAAGAACCCCUUCCCGAGUUUUCACAUUAUGUGGUGCGUCACGUUGUUGGAUACGGCAAUGAUGCAUGGAAGCUGGAUUUGUCCGUCAAGGUACCCGAGGAUAAGCGUGCUGAAGCUGAAAAGGGCACAUGGAAGAUGCGUUUCGAGUUUACGGCAUUGGAAAAAGAGAACUUUGCAGGUCUUGGUAUUGAACGUGAAACCAAGAAUGGCGUUGGUAUCAUGCGGGUCGUACGUGACGUUUUGCCCAUUUGGACAACACCCACUUGGCUCAGCAGCGUUGUGCAAGUCUGGGAACUGUAA